AAGAAAAAAAGAAGAAGAAUAUUUACAAUGCCCUUUGGGUAUGGGGCCAAAACUAAAAGAAAGGAAGCAAAGAAGGAAUUGGAGCAGUGUAUCAGCUUGAUCUCUGAGUAACCGUCUCUGAGGCUUGAGGCUCGGGAAACCUAAUUCUUACUCAAGGUGUUGUCGAAGAAUUUUAUCUAAACAGAUGGAACAGUCUCUGAGCUCUCUUGCAUACAAGGGUUCUAUACCUGAAGCAAUCAGUGAAGCAAAGAAGCAGAGGAAACUUUUUGUCGUGUAUAUUUCAGGUCAAGAUUCUGACUCUAGUCAUUUGGAAAACUCCACAUGGACUGAUCUAAAUGUUGCAGUCUCCGUAUCAAAGUACUGCAUCUUAUUGCAUAUUCCUGAAGAAAGCACUGAUGCUGCAAACUUUUCUGCAAUAUACCCACAGAAAUCAGCACCAUGUAUAACAGCGAUUGGAUUCAAUGGUGUACAACUUUGGCAAAAUGAGGGUUUUGUCAGUGCUGAAGUUCUGGCGUCCAGUUUAGAGAAGGUGUGGUUGAGUCUACAGAUCCAGGAAACAACUGCAACUGUUAUGAGUGCAGCUCUUGCUUCAAAGAAAUCUGAACCAUCUAUUUCCGGGAUUCCUACUACUGCCUCAACUGAUGGAAGUUCCUCAAGUACAGCUGUUCUCUCUGAUCAAGGAAGUUCCUCAAGUACGGUUGUUCCAUUGUCUUUAACAGACAAAAAUGGUCAAUCACAAGAUGCUGUGGAGGGCGCCCCUAACAUGAUGAACGAAAGUAAAGGUCCUGAUUGCAAAUUUGAGGAUAAAACCAAGGAUUUAAGAGACAAGACAUCUUUGAAACCAGUUGAUGGUGAUGAGUUAAAGUGUGUCGGGGAAAAACAGUCCAGCAGCAGCUCUUCCACUGAAGCUGGCCAAGGAUCAAAGGAUGUUGCUAUAAAAGAGAGCACUUCUGGAGGUGACCAUAUUUCUUCCAUUACUGAAGGUGGAAGCCCCAGAGGGAUCACAGUUAAUCAAUCUGUCUUGGUAGGAGGUUCACAAGCAUCUAUUGUUGGAGAAAAUGAAACUUUGAAAAUUGGAAACAGUGAAGCUGAAGAUGAUAAGAGGGUUGAUGGAACAAGUGAUGCUCACUACCUCAGAGAGCUCACUGUUAAUCAAUCUGGUAUCUUGGGAGGAGGUUCACAAGCAUUUAGUAUUGAAGAAAAUGAAGCUGUGCAAGUUGUAAAGGGUGAAGCUGAAGACCUUAAGAAGGUUGAUGCAGUUGAAAAUGCUAGAAGGGUGAAUAGAUCAAGUGAUGCUUAUUUGAAUAUCCGAUUACCCGAUGGUACCAGCCUGCAAGAGAUGUUUUCUUUGACAAGCACUUUAAGAAUUGUCAAAGGGUAUAUUGAUGAAAACCAAGGAAGUGGUAUCGGUAGUUAUGACCUAGCCAUCCCUUAUCCUCGCAAGGUAUUCACUGAGCAAGAUCUAAGUAAACCAUUAUCUGAGUUGGGCCUGUAUGAUAGACAAGCAUUGAUAGUGGUUCCACAUCAGCAAGGGACUGGUUACCUCAGAGGGAGAUCUUCACUCACAGACCAAACAGUUUCAAGAAAUAUUGUUGAUACCCCAAAUGGAAGCAAUGGGAGCUACUUUUCGUUUGUGAAGAGAGUUUUGUCUUUCAUAAAUCCUUUCUCUUAUUUAGGUGGUGGUGCUAGCUCAUCAAGUUCAGAAGAGCAAUCCCAAAAUGGCAUGUGGCAAUAUAGCCCAAAUCCUACAGUUCGAAAUAACUUAACCCAAAGCACUUCUGAAAGUGGUAGAACUGAAGGGAGCCGCAGGCGGCCACCAGCAUCUCCUUUUGGAAGUAAUAUUCACACACUGAAACAUGAUGAAGAUGAUGAACGAUUCAGUGAUAGAAACAAGUUCUGGAAUGGUAAUUCUACACAGUAUGGUGGCGAUGAUGACAGCAAAUAAUGAUGCAUGCUGUGUGCUAUACAGUAUACUUUGUGUUUACACUAAACAGUUUGAUUUGGAAUCCAUAUAAUGGAUUCCCAACAUUCAUGUUCUGGAUGUGAAUGAGUCAAAUUACUUCAGAUAGACGUCGCCUGGUAAAUAUUCUUGUUGAUCUGAAAAUAGAGGUAUAGAUAAUAAGCGCAAGUUCUGGUGUCCUUAACACUCAUCUCUUUUCAUAUUAGUAAUGUUGUAUUCUUUUGUAUUCAUACAGAGUUGAAGGAAUACAUACUUCGCAAGUCUUUUUUGCCCUUCCUGAAUAAGUUCUCGAUC